CAAAAAGCUAAGAAGCUACGGGAGUUAGCUGCGUCUUGGAUGUAUCGCAUAGGCCACAUGCCGUUGUAUUACGAAUCGUGAGCUAUGGACGAAGAUCGCGCCUCCCAACCUUGAAGGCCCCCCGCUUGGGAGCUUGGCUCGCACGCCGUCGUCGAAGCAAACGAUGAACCUCGAACUACUCUCCAGCUUCACUACCCAACCUUUGAGCAGGGUCGUCGUGCACCUCUGAGUCCUCCCAUUCUUCCUAAUCACUUUUACGAGCAUUAGCCGACCGAGUUGCCCGCCACCAUGUCGUCGGAACCAGACCUUCACCGCGCCAUCUCCAUGAAACCGCUGCCGUUCCAGCUUCACAACUCGGAUCGCACGGAUCGAAGCGCCAGUCCACACCUGCACCUGAACAGCUCCAGCUCCAAUCAGCACACGUCUGCGGAGACGGCAGUCCGCAAACACGACGGCAAUAGUACCGCUAUCGAGACUACACAGUCGGCCAACGACCACGACCCCAUUGCGCGCCAUGUCCCUGCCCGCUCGAGCAGCGCCCAUGAUAUCGAAAGCCAGUCGCCGCCUGGCUAUACACCAGACAAUGAUCCGUACCGGCUGUCUAUGGCCAUCAAGCCUGAGAGCGAGCUCGCCCUCAUGCGCGCCAACACGUCGCGGAAACGAGAUGGCUGCGGGCCCAUCUCUCUCAAUACGAAAGCGCGCAGUGCCCGAAAGCUCGAGGAAUUCUACGAAGCACAAAACGAGAACAUUGAGCGCCUGCUCAAACCUGUCGACGAUCACAGAAGAGCGGCCAAAGACGAGGAUACUGCCAAUCACCUCAAGUAUAAAAUCGCCGUUAUCGGAUCAUUCGCUGCGAAUAUCAUUCUGGCCAUAUUGCAACUCUACGCCGCCAUCACUUCCAAAUCGCUCUCCCUGUUCACCACCAUGGCCGACUCCUUGUUCGACCCCUUGUCCAAUCUCACCCUGAUCAUGUGUAACCGCGCCGUCGCGCGCGUCGACGGACGUAAAUUCCCUUCAGGAAAAGCAAGAAUCGAGACAGCUGGCAACCUCUCAUUCUGCGCGCUCAUGAUCACCGUAUCAGUAGUCAUCAUCGUCGAAUCGAUACGUACCGUGGCCGAACACUCCGGGCCAGAAACUAACAACUUCUACCUCCCCAGUGUCAUCGCUGUUAGUAUAGCGUUUGCAACAAAGUUCAGUUUGUUCCUGUACUGCUGGGCGAUCAGGAAUAAGUACAGCCAAGUACGCAUUUUGUGGGAGGACCACCGUAACGAUCUGUUUAUCAAUGGCUUCGGUGUGCUCACCAGUGUGGGUGGUUCCAAGCUCAAGUGGUGGCUCGAUCCCAUGGGCGCGAUGAUCCUGUCUGUCUUGAUCAUCUUCCUGUGGUCGAGGACGGCGUACAGUGAAUUCCAGCUCCUCAUCGGCGUCACGGCAGAUACCGCUAUGCUCCAGCACAUCACCUACAUCUCCAUGACGCACUCCCCCGCCAUCCUCCAAAUCGACACAGUCCGCGCCUACCACUCUGGCCCCCGCCUCAUCGUUGAAGUAGACAUCGUCAUGGACCCUGAGUCCUCCCUGCGUGCAACCCACGAUGUCGCAGAGGAACUCCAAAUCAAACUAGAGAGCUUGCCUGAUGUAGAGAGGGCGUAUGUGCAUGUAGACUAUGAGACGGACCAUCGACCUGAGCAUUUUUUGAAGAAGGAACUGUAG